AUGGAAGGUCCUUGGGCUAUUUGUGGUGAUUUCAACACUACAAGAUAUGUCUCGGAGAAGAGAAAUUGCAACAGGAGAUCAAGAGGGAUGAUAGAGUUCUCAGAUUUCAUUGAAGAUAUGAACUUAAUCGACCUUCAGCUGCAAGAUGGCAAUUAUACUUGGUUCAAGGGGGACAAUCACGACACAGCUUCCAGGAUCGACAGAUUCUUACUCUCAGAAGAGUGGGAAGAGUGGGAUGACUGUUUCAGCAACAUAAAGCAGUCCCCUUUGCAAAGGUUGGCCUCUGAUCACAUUCCUUUGGCUUUACAGGGUGGUUCCUGGAUAAAAAAGAAGAAUUAUUUUAAAUUUGAAAACUGGUGGCUUGGGACUGCAGGCUUCAAUGACAGGAUCAAAGAGUGGUGGAAUUCCUUCAGUUUUAAAGUCAUGGCAGAUUUUCAUCAACUUAAGGGGCAUCAGUUGGACUAUGCCAAGGAACAUCAAAGAAGCUCUAGCUUGCUGGAACAGAGAUGGGAAUCAGUCAGGACACAGGGAGAGAUGGAAGAUUGUCCCUGCCUGCAUUUGGUGGUCUAUAUGGAUGGAGAGGAACCAGAGAAGUUUUAA